GCUCUUGCGUGAGACCCUUUUCUUAUCUCUUCUCUUCACCCGUCAGACGGCAACCGUCCUCUGAGAACCUCGGUCGUCGUCGUCAUCGUACUGUCCCGCGAUUCAAGAUGGCUCUUCAUCAGUACGACUACAUUUUCGCCAUCGGCACGCUGUUUGCGAUGCUCGAUGCCUACAACAACGGCGCCAACGAUGUUGCAAAUGCCUGGGCGACGAGCGUCUCGUCGAGAUCCAUCUCGUACCGGCAGGCGAUGAUAUUCGGCACCGUGUUCGAGAUGCUCGGCGCCAUCACCGUCGGCGCGCGAACGGCCGACACCAUCAAGAACAAGAUCAUCCCCAACGAAGCCUUCGGCGGCAAUGCUGGUGUCCAGAUGCUCGCUUUCACGUGUGCUCUCGCCGCUGCCUCCUCGUGGGUUAUGUGGUGUACGCGACAUUCCGCCCACGUCUCGUCGACCUACUCUCUCGUCUCUGCCGUCGCCGGUGUCGGUGUCGCGACCGUCGGCGCCUCUCAGGUUCAGUGGGGAUGGAACGGCGGUCAGGGGCUAGGGGCUAUCUUUGCCGGCUUGGGCAUGGCCCCGGCCAUCUCGGCAGGUUUCGCCGCCGUUAUCUUCACGCUCAUCAAGGUUGUCGUGCACAUUCGCAGGAACCCCGUGCCUUGGGCCGUAUACUCCUCUCCGUUUUUCUUCCUCAUCGCCGCUACCGUCUGCACUCUAUCCAUCGUCUACAAGGGGUCUCCCAGUCUCGGCCUGAGCAAGAAGCCCGGCUGGUAUAUCGCUGCCGUCACUCUCGGCACCGGUGGCGGCGUCGCCGUCCUCUCCGCCAUCUUCUUCGUCCCCUUCGUGCACGCCAGAGUCAUCAGGAGGGACCAAAGCGUCAAGUGGUGGAUGUUCAUCUACGGCCCCCUCCUCUUCCACCGCCCGAACCCCGAAAUCGCGGAGCGCGCUGUCGUCCCCAAUUACGCCGUCGUCCAGGAAGACGACGGCUCGCACGUCUCCUCGAACCGCUCGCACGAAUCCAUCUCCGACCACGCCGAGGCCGAGAAGAGGGCCGCCUCCGUCGAGGCCACCCAGGCCAGCUAUAAGGAGAUCAUGGCGCAGAGCGAGGACCGGCUGCACGCCCGGCUCCUCGAGAGCCGUGGCCCCAUGGGCUGGGCCAUGCGCACGCUCCGGGACAAUCCGAUGGGCUCGGGCGAGAUCUACGAGCUCCACAACGUCAAGAUCCUGCUCAAGCGCGUUCCUGCCAUCGUCGUCUGCGGCGCCCUGUACGGCCUGCACUACGACAUCCACGCGGCGCAGUCCGGGAUCGCGGGCACGCCCGAGGGCAAGCGGAUGCAGCGGGUGUACGCGCACGCGACCAAGUACCCGAACGAGGUGGAGCACACGUACUCGUUCGUGCAGGUGCUGACGGCGUGCACGGCGUCGUUCGCGCACGGCGCCAACGACAUCGGCAACUCGGUGGGGCCGUGGGCGGUCAUCUACGCGGCGUGGUCGACGGGCCAGGCGCGGGAGUCCACGGCGCCAGUGCCGGUGUGGCAGCUCGCGGUGCUGUCGGCCAUGAUCUCGAUCGGGCUCAUCACGUACGGCUACAACAUCAUGAAGGUCAUGGGCAACAAGAUCACCUACCACUCGCCGAGCCGCGGCUGCUCGAUGGAGAUGGGCGCCGCCAUCACCGUGCUCGUCUUCUCGCAGUACUCGCUGCCCGUCUCGACGUCGAUGUGCAUCACCGGCGCCACCGUCGGCGUCGGCCUGUGCAACGGCACCCUGAAGGCCGUCAACUUCCAGCGUGUCGGUCUGCUGCUGCUCUCGUGGAUCAUGACCAUCCCCAUCGCCGGCACCCUCGGCGGCAUCCUCAUGGGGCUAUUCCUCAACGCGCCUCACUUCUAGAGCUGGCCAGGCCCGCGCUCUCCCUUACCUGCCAUCUCUUCUAGCGGGAUACCUAUUUUGAUUUCCUUCUACUCGUGUUGGGCGCGAGAAACGGUCCCUAAUCACGAGACGGCAUAUAUUCGUGUGGCAUGCUGGAUUUUCUCCAUAAUUGGUUCCGGCCAGUGGUCGUCUGGAUAGAGAGUAUCCCUAAGAGAGGGAUGAAGAAUCGAGCUACGGGUCUCCGAGUAUAUGACAGAGGAUUCACCGCAUUGUGAUGGAGAGUCUCCUUGAACCUCCAUUGGAUGAGUACCACAGGAUGGCUCUCUACCAAUAUAACAACGUGUUACCUACCGUA